AUGCAGACGCUGUUCCCGACUUUCGUGUUUGGCCUGAUUGUGGCCCUGCAGGCCCAGACUGCCCGGGCUACAGAGGAGAAUGUUUCAGGGAGAUGGUACCUGAAAGCUGUCAUCGCAGACAAGGAGAUCCCGGGGAAAAAGGUGGAGGCGAUGAUGCCCCUGACGGUCAGUGUACUGGAGGGAGGCAGCCUGGAACUGAAGACAACCAUUCUGGCGAAUGGGCAGUGUGAGGAGGUAAAGCUGGUCUUGGAGAAAGAUGGGGACACUGGGACAUUCACGGCCUACGGGGGCAAGCGCCACGUGUCCAUCGAGAAGACCCACACGAGUGGCCACUACAUUCUCUACUGUGAAGGCGAGCUGAAAGGACAGCAAGUCCGCAUGGCUAAGCUUGUGGGGAGAGACUCAGAAAGCAACCAGGCUGCUCUGGAAGAGUUUAAGGAGUUUGUUAAAGACCGAGGGUUCGACCCAGAGAAGUUCUUUAUCCCCAAGCAACUGGAUCUCAGGGGCACGAGCACUCUACGUGAGAGUCACCGUGUUGACUCGGGGUACCGGCAGAGGCAGGGGACGCCCCGGGGAGAGGACACCCGAGUCAUCAGGGAUGUGCUGGACCAGGCUCCACCUGGACCUUCUGCUUUGGAAGGUCAGCUUUUCCACUCGUGUGUGGAUGAGAUCUCCAGAUCUGGGGGCCCUGCGGACAGCCGAGUAGAGGGGCUGGGAAAGGCCGAGAGGACAGCGGGCUCCUGUGUCUGUGGGACCGUGAAGAAGAUGCCAGUGAAGGACCAGCUUAUACAACAAAGGCGACCUCCACGGGCCUUCAGAACCACCAGCCUCCGGGAGCGUGCGCCCCUCCACGCGCCAGCGCGUGGGGACUCACCCCACCAGCACCUGGAUGCGGCACCCACCUGCUGGCUAGAGCUUGCGGUCUUCAUGGUGACCCCCACCCAGGGCCCCCUCCUCUCCUGA